CAUAGUUUCGUCUCCUGUAGUCCUCUGCCUUCUUGUUUACUCACUGUUGCUAUCUUCAAAGACUGAUCACUGAUGGCUCCAUCCACCAGAAACUAUCCAGUAAAUGGCCUCAAAGUAGCAACCCUCACUGCGGCUUUCAUCUUUUUCUUCUUCACAAUUCUAAUUUCCAAAUCAGUGGAUUCCAAACAUUCGAGUCAUAGGGAGAGCAGUGAUAUGCUGCAGCAAAGAAAAAUGGUUCUGGGUUCAAGGCCUCCUGGAUGUGAGAACAAGUGUUUGAAUUGCAGGCCUUGCCUUGCUACUCUGGUCAUUCCAUCUCAUCAUAAAACAAAGCUUUCCAGUUUGUCAUCUCAUAAUGAUGAAGAUGAUAGCUAUUAUCUACUGUCAUGGAAAUGCAAAUGUGGACAGAAGCUAUUUCAACCAUGAUGGUCUAUCUUUUAUAUAUUCUCCAGUACCUUUCGCUUGGUAAAAGCUAGUAAUGCUAGCUACUUAUUGUUAAUUAGGUACGUGAGCCUUCUACGUAGGUUUCAAAGUCCGGUAUAGAUCUCUAGCUAGCUCAUGGUUCAGGUGAAUUAAAUUAUUUGAAUAUCAUGAGAUUUCGAUGUGUAGUGUUCACCGAUUAAUGUAUUUGUAUUUAUAUAAAUAGUAGUUAUA